CGGGGAUCGAUCACCGGCCCCACAGAUUCCAAACCCUUCUUAAGACUCACUCACUCCGGCAGAGCUUAAAACCCUCUUCCAAUGGCGGCCACCUUGCUUUCUCACCCCUCCUUUCGUAAUUUUCUUAACUGUUCUACAGCUUCUUCUCCAAGGGAAACAGCAAAACCUAGCCUUUCUUUCCCCGCUUUUAAGAUCCGCAGCCGUAUCCUUUCUGCGCUAACUUCUUCCUCCGUCGCCAUUGCUGACCCUGAACCCCUUUACGCCUCUGUCAAGUCUUUCGCUCCGGCCACCGUCGCAAACCUUGGCCCUGGAUUCGACUUCCUCGGGUGCGCCGUCGAUGGAAUCGGCGAUUUCGUCACCGUCCGCGUCGAUCCCGAUGUUCGCCCCGGAGAAGUCUCGAUCUCUGAAAUCACCGGUGCCGGGAAUAAGCUUAGCAAGGACCCGCUCUGGAAUUGCUCCGGCAUCGCCGCCAUCGCCGUGAUGAAGAUGCUUGGCAUCCAAUCCGUCGGGCUCUCUCUCUCUCUCGAGAAGGGGCUGCCAUUGGGGAGUGGGCUGGGAUCCAGCGCCGCCAGCGCCGCCGCCGCCGCCGUUGCUGUCAACGAGAUUUUCGGAGGUCGACUUUCGGUUUCAGACCUUGUGUUCGCCGGGCUAGAGUCGGAAUCGAAGGUCUCCGGUUACCACGCGGACAAUGUGGCACCGUCAAUUAUGGGUGGGUUUGUGCUGAUCCGGAGCUACGAACCGCUGGAUCUGAUCCGGUUGAAGUUUCCAGAAGAUAAGAGCCUCUUCUUCGUGCUGGUGAACCCGGAGUUUGAAGCUCCGACGAAGAAGAUGAGGGCGGCGCUGCCGCAGAAUAUAACAAUGGCGGACCACAUCUGGAACAGUAGCCAAGCCGGGGCUCUGGUAGCGUCGGUGUUGCAGGGAGACGUGGCGGGAAUGGGGAAGGCGCUGUCGUCCGACAAGAUAGUGGAGCCGAGGAGGGCGCCACUGAUCCCGGGGAUGGAGGCGGUGAAGAAGGCAGCCAUUGAGGGAGGAGCAUUCGGAUGCACCAUCAGCGGGGCGGGGCCCACUGCAGUAGCCAUCACAGACGACGAGGAGAGAGGAAGGGUGAUCGGUGAAAGGAUGGUGGAGGCGUUUCUCCGGGAAGGGAAUCUAAAGGCUUUGGCUAUGGUAAAGAAGCUUGAUAGAGUUGGUGCUAGACUUCUCAGCAGUAGUACCACAUAGAUACAGAGAGUAUUCCUUUUUUUAUUUUCUCAAAAACUUUCAACUAAUUUGUGCUAUUGGUAAUUUCUCUCCUUUGUGCAAAUUCGAUUGCAUUUUUUUUACUUUUUGUUUCUUAUUUAAGUCAAAGGUAAUAAUGCCCAAUAAAUGAAUAUAAAUGCUGUAUUUAUGAAUAAUAAACCCAAAAUCAUAC